AUGGCGACUCCUCGGGCCCUGUGGAGGCCUCGCUCUGUUUGCAGGACCUGUUCUCGCCGGUUCCAGGCGCAAACACUACGAACUUUUGCGAGCGCAGGCGCAAGCUCAUCAGCUUCCGAACCAGACAUCUACGAUGUUGUCUGCGUGGGAGGUGGACCGGCAGGUCUCAGCCUUUUGACUGCUCUCCGAGCUAACCCGGUAACAUCCCGCCUCAGGGUGGCCCUCGUCGAAGCCCAAGAUCUGUCAAAGACCCGCGCCUGGAAGCUCCCCGCCGACAAAUUCUCGAACCGCUGCAGCUCCCUGACCCCGACUUCUGCGGAAUACCUCAACACCAUUGGGGCAUGGAGUCACUUGAAGCGAGAGCGCAUUCAGGAUUACAAUGAGAUGCAGGUUUGGGACGGCGUCAGCGGCGCAAGAAUUGAGUUCGACUUGCCAGUGGGUGCUUCAGCGGGGAAGACCAUUGCCUACAUGUGCGAGAACCUCAAUUUGACUUCGGGUCUGCUAAGUCGCUUGGAAGAGCUGGGAGGUGUGUCGGUGUUUGAUGGUGCCAAGGUUGAGAACAUUGGUUUCGGUGAAGAGACGGAAGACUUCGAUCUUACGCAGUGGCCCGUGGUUCAUCUGUCUGGCGGGCAGAAACUGCACGCCCGCCUGUUGGUUGGUGCCGAUGGCGCGAACAGCCCAGUCCGCACGUUUGCUGGCAUCAAGGCACGCGGUUGGGACUAUGGAAGGCAUGGCGUGGUUGCGACGCUUCAGAUGCAGGGAGACGGAUGGGGCGGAGAGCACAACCAGAUCGCUUACCAGCGUUUUCUGCCUACUGGGCCAGUAGCUAUGCUGCCGCUUCCUGGAAACUACUCAACGCUGGUAUGGUCAACAACACCCGAGAGGGCGGCGUUCCUGAAGAGUCUCCCUCCCAAGGAGUUCAUCGCCAUGGUCAACGCGGCCUUCCGCCUCAGCCCGGUCGACAUCGGAUUCAUGCACACACAACCUUCUGGUCAAACGGAAGAGCUCAACUGGAGAUUGGAGCACACGCUCGUUGACCGCCGGGCCGUUCCUCAACAGGUCGUCGGAGUUCAAGAGGGCACCGUUGCCUCUUUCCCCCUUAAGCUGCGACACGCGGAUACUUACACCGCUGAGCGUGUUGCUCUUGUCGGUGAUGCGGCGCACACGAUCCACCCCUUAGCUGGUCAGGGUCUGAACCAAGGUCAGGGUGAUGUCCAGAGUCUGGUCAAGACCAUCGAGACCGCAGUCUCCACCGGACAGGACCUGGGAUCUACGCUUUCGCUGGAGGCUUACAAUUCGGAGCGCUAUGUGGCAAAUCACGUCGUCCUUGGUGUCUGCGAUAAGUUGCACAAGCUGUACUCGGUCGAGAGUGGCCCUUUGGUGCCUCUGAGGUCUCUCGGCUUGAGCGCAGUCAACGCUUUGGGCCCCCUGAAGAGAUUCUUCAUGGAGCAGGCUUCUGCAACUGGCGCCAAGCUGUUCUGA